GACCUGCUGUGGACAUGCGUGGUGGUGAAUGUGGUGAAAGUCACAGACAGAAAAGGAAGGAAAUCUUUAACACUGUUUGCUGAUAAAUCAAAUGAACUCAAUACGGAAGAGGAAGACAUUAUAGUUUUUAGGCUUAAAGGGAGAGGACUUUCUAAUAUAAUUUGAGCAAAUCACCUUCAAAUUUCACCAUGUGGAAGCUUCUGGUCUUCUUUUCUUGCAUGAUUACAGAUGUUGGUUCAGAUGUUGUUGGUAAUCCAACUUCAAUAACUGGAUACAGAGAAAAGACACUUGACAUCAGAUGUCCCUAUGAAUCUGGAUAUGAAACACAUGUAAAGUAUUUUUGCAAAGGGGAGUGUAACUUAGAUAGAAACAUCAUCAUUGAAUCUGGAUCUCCAGCUAAAGACGAGAGAUUCUCUCUGACUGAUGACACAACAGCAAGAGUUUUCACUGUCUCCAUCACUGAUCUGAGAACAGAGGAUGAGGGCAAAUACUGGUGUGCAGUCCGGAGGUCUUUACAAACUGAUGUCUAUUCAGAGAUAAUGUUGCUUGUUAAAACUGAUAACAUGAUCACCGAGGUGUCAACCAUCACCCCCUUUUCAAAAAACACACCGUCCUAUUUCAGUAUUUCAUCACUGAAUCCACAAUCCAGCAAAACCCCACACACAGAUCAGUCUCCUUCCUCAACAGGACAUGUCAUCUACAUCUGUGUGGGAUUAGUCCUCGUAGUGAUUGGUUUCCUGAUUGCGCUGAUGGUGUUGUGUAAGCAGAAGAAACAAGGCAAAAAAUCCCCUCGAAUGACUCAGUCUGGAUCUUCAGAUAAUGUCCCCACUGUGCUUUUGCCUUUGGAUACAAGAGAAGACAUUACUGAUGAGUCGCUGCACAUCUACAAUAAUGAUGACAGCGAAUAUCAGACAAUUGGGGAGCCGUCACACAAAAACAUGCACUCCACCAUCACUAUAUAUUCCACAGUAGAGAGACCUGAUUCAAUGAUCUACUCCACUGCAGAACCACAAGCCAAUCAAACGAUCUACACAGUGGCAGAGAGACCUGAUUCAACGAUCUACACAGUUGCAGAGAGACCUGAUUCAACGAUCUACACAGUUGCAGAGAGACCCGAUCCAAUGAUCUACUCCACUGCAGAACCACAAGCCGAUCCAAUGAUCUACACAGUGGCAGAGGGACCCGAUCCAAUGAUCUACACAGUGGCAGAGGGACCCGAUCCAAUGAUCUACACAGUUGCAGAGGGACCCGAUCCAAUGAUCUACUCGACCGCAGAGAAAUCGUUCCCUUCUGAACUAGCGGAAGCUAGUCUGUCUUGUUCAGCUGUUCAUGUAGUUGAUGCCACUGGGAAACAUCACACCAAACUGAGCUAUAAAGAAGGACUGAAUCUGCACAUAACAGAGAAGAAUGAACAUCAUCUUGACUUUCGCUCUGCUGAUGAUUCCUGUGCAGCAGUCUUCACAGAUAUCUCUGAGAAAAAAGCCAACACAGAAGUAAAUCAGAACGUUAAAGAUAAGAAAAAGUGUAAAGAAAGCAGACUUCCAUCUUCAUCAUCAUCAUCAUCAUCAUCAUCAACAUCAUCAUCAUCGUCGAUCAAACAUCCACCAAUUACUCAAAACUCACAGACAUCAACAUCUAAUACUACAACAACUUCAACUUUCAUUCUGAAAAACUCAUCUCUGAUCAUCAUUCUGUCUGUUGUUCUGGUUCUGAUCUUCAUUGGACUUUUAUUACUGAUCGUGACUCUUUAUAAGAGGCAUAAGGGUCAAGACUCUGAUGCAGUUUCUAAAAUGUCUCACCCGGAACCAGGAGAGAAUGAAGAGGUUCCACAAACAUCUUUUUAUGAAGAGAUUAAAGACAUCAGACGUCACAAUGAUUCAGACACAGGAAGAUCUACUGACUGCAAUUCUGCACAAAUACUCAAAAACCCCAUUUAUGCCACUCCUGAAUAUCCCACAAACCCCUCUGAUUCUACUAGGACGGUUUAUUUUACAGUACAACAUCCCAUCGGUCAACUUGAGUCUUCAGAAUGUGAAUCUCAACAGAUUUCCAAAAAUGUGUCCUCUGACUGUCCAAAUGAUGCUACUUUAACAUUCAGCCAUUCAGAGCAGGAAUAGUGUCAAUACAGGCCAGUUUUAUGAGUUAAUGAUUUCAGUAAAACUAUAUUAAAACAUGUUGUUGAUCUUCUCUUUGACCCACAUAAACAUUGUGUCUACUCAGUAAUACAUUAAAGAAUGCAACAGUUAUGUAUCUAAGUAAUGAUUCAAUGGUUUUACAUUUUUGUGCAAUAUGUUGUUGUGUGAAAGACAUUUACAUCUCCAAACCUCCUGAGAUUCGAACAUGACUGCUCUGUGUUUUAAAAAUUGACCAAAUAGUUUUCCUAAAAAUGUAUGUCCACAUAUGCGGACAG